ACCUACUGCAUCUCGUUCGUUUUUGGUCUAACCGAUUUACAGCAAAGCUCUUUGCAUCCGCGGACCCUUUAUUACCUACCCAAGCAGAGCACCUCCAUUGAGUCCGUCUUGUCUGCCGCCCAGUCGCACCUACCUUCAACCUCAGGCCUCAGACUCCCCAUCGCAGUCAGAAUGGCGAGCGCCCCCGAAUUUCCACUCAAGCAACGGGCCAUUGUUGGUCUCGACGACGGCACACUCUCGAUUUCCAACGAUGUCUACGUUCCCAAGCUGGAGCAUAACGUUGUUCUCGUCAGAACAAAAGCCGUCGGUGUCAACCCCAUCGAUAUCAAGAUGAAAGGCAACCUGGCUGCGCCCGGCUGCGUCGCAGGCAUGGACUUUGCUGGCGAUGUGAUUGCUAUUGGGCCCGACUCCCAAACGCCUGGCCAAGUCAAGCUUGGGGAUCGGGUGUGCGGCGCCGUGAUCGGUUAUCAGAGAUCCAAGCCUACGGCAGGUGCAUUUGCUGAGAUCGUGGCGGCCACAGACGUGGGCCUCAUGAAGGUUCCGGAUGCUAUGUCGUACGGACAAGCUGCUUCAUUGGGAUGCGCUAUCUCGACGAUCGGCCUGGCUCUGUUCAAAUCCCUCGACGUACCGGGAAACCCUAAACGUCCUGCCGAGAAGCCAGUAGAUGUGUUUGUGUAUGGGGGAAGCACCUCAACGGGAACCAUGGCAAUCCAGCUGCUGAAGAUGUCCGGGCUCAACCCUAUCACCGUCUGCUCACCGCGCAACUUUGACCUCGUCAAGUCGUUCGGUGCCACAGAUGUCUUCGAUUACCGUUCCCCCACUUGCAUCGACGACAUCCGCAAGCGCACUCGAAAGUCGCUCGAGUAUGUUCUGGAUUGCGUGUCGGAGCCUGAGACAAUGGAGUUUUGUUACAAGUGCCUGGGAAGAGCUGGCGGCAAGUACACGGCCCUGGAGCCGUAUGCCGAGAUCCUCCAUACCCGACCACGGACGGUACGACCUGACUGGGUGCUAGGCCCCAGCGUGCUCGGGGAGUCAGUAGGAUGGCCGGAGCCGUUCACCCGUGAGUCCGACGAGGAGCUGCGCAGAUUUGGCUUGGACUGGUUUGGCACCGUGCAAGCCUUGCUGCACGAUGGCAAAAUCAGACCACAUCCCGUCAAGGUUCUAGAAGGAGGCUUCGAGGGAGUCGCUGACGGAUUGGAACAACUCCGCCGAAAGCAGGUUUCGGGGCAGAAGCUUGUUUGUGUUAUAGCCUGAGAUUACAGAGCCAAUCGGAACUGCCAUCGAGACUGCCUGAUGUAUCCACUUGUUGUUGAAGAACCGGCAGGAUGUAGCUGAGCCAAAUGUUCGACACCACAUGAGCCGAUUGCGGUAUGGUUGUCGUCUGCGAUUCGGUUGCCGUCAACGUCUUCUCGUCUUCUGUCCAUCUAUCCCUUUCUGUUGCCAUUGCAG